ACCACGUGACUGCCAGCCAGGUGGAUGCUGCUCAUUACUCACACGAGGAACAGGUAAACGGGAAGUCCGCCUGCUUUCCUAUAAACAACAGAACAGUGACGCUUCCGGCUGAACGCGUCUCAGCAAACCGAGUCCGAUGUUUUAUUUUGUGAAAAACGGGGAUUUUUUCUGUCAGGAAAACAGGGACAGACUCUCAGGAGAGGAGACACAGCCUAUCGACCUGUCAGGUGAGGGGACCAUGGUGGUAGUGACGCUGACUGACGUGCAUGCAGCCCUGGCAUUUUUCACGCUCGCUGCUCUGGCCACGGUGCUGAUGGUAUGUGUGCUAUGCAGGAAACGCAAGACCGAGGGAACCUACCGGCCGAGUGCAGAGGAGCAGAAACAAGCUGAGGGCCAGGGACCCGAGAAACCAGGCCUCCCACUGCCUCUGCCCAAAGAGGAGCGACUGAUCUGAGACCCUUCUUUAACCACAUGGUGUGACUGAACUUGGAAAUGUCGUUCUAAAGCAAAGUUCUAUUUACAGAUGCAAUAAUGGCAACUAAGAGGGUUCUGUUCCAUUCUAGAGCCACACUUUAUGAUCUAGAACUCCAUGUAUUCUAUAGUACUUUAAAUUAAACCACUGAUGAUGCUCUCGCUCUCUCGCAUUUUGUUACUGAAAAUGAUGCUUUUUAAAAAUGCUCUCCAAGGUGGAAGAAAAACAAAAAAUGUCAUUUCAUGUGGACGAGAGAAACGGAAGGUUUUUUUUUAAAUUUUUUUUUAUUUUUUUUAUUAAUGAAGUGUUGCUAUUGUAUUAGGACAUGGUUUAUGAUGAUUGUUGACCAGGUGGUCACACUGUGUGUCUCUCUUUACAAUUGAAUUCAGCUUUGUAUAUUAUUCCACCGCACUCGUGUAGAUGUGGCAUUACGUGACCCAUGCUGCGCUGCUCCGGGUUCCACCGCUACGGUGCCACAAACCGAAUGGAGCUUUCGGGUGAGCACUCUAAAUUCGAGUGUAAUCUUAAGCAGUAGUUCCGCCCAUUCGAAUCCUCGUGUUCGUCCUUAUUCUUGGUUGUGUCGGUGUUUGUGCACGUUUGUCCUUCUCUAUCGCUCAAUGUACAGCUCUUAACAUUACUCUUAAAGCAUUUUACAUUCGAGAGCUUGAUGUACUGUUGCACCUAACGGGCCGGUGUGGUCAUGUGACUGCUUUCACGUCAAUUUUUGUGUUUUCACAUGAAGGGAGAACUUUGCGAAAGAGUGUGUGUGUGUGUGUGUGUGUGUGUGUGUGUGUGUGUGGAUGGCUGGUGAAUGUCUGUUGGAUCUGCGCUCUUGCACAGACGCCCUGUGCUGUAUAUUUGACCUCAAUACCAGGACUUUACAGGAAAGCUUGCACAGCUUGUCUGCUAAUGCUGUUUACUUUUUAAACAUGGGAAUAAUGAGUGUGUUAUGAACUUAAUGUAUUCUCUAAAAAAAAAAAAAAUCUAAUCAAAUGUAAGUCAUAAGCAAUUUCUUACACUGAAUAAUAGAAAUAAAAUUAGCAUUUAUCAUUUC